AUGACCACCAGGUGUUUCCCGCACGUUUCCCUCAUGCUGCUGUUCUCCAUCUCCAUCUCAUCUCGAUUCCGUACCAUGCUUCACUUCCAGCAGAACAAAGUGAACAAAGAGAGCUUAGAGCUUCUGCAAAAAAGGAGUGGAAAUUUCCCCUCACAAUGCAUAAAUGAAAGGGCAGUUUUCAAGCCAACCCAGGAUGUUGUCCAACUUUCAGUUGCCCAGAAGGAGAAUGCCAAGGUGGUAAUUCAAGAGAUCUUUCAAGAGAUCUUCAACAUCUUUAGUAAAAAUCUGAGUGCCUGAGAUGCCACUUCCAUAGUCAGGUUCCAAAAUGGCCUUUACCAGCAAAUUCAGCGGCUGCAGGCAUGUUUGAGAGCACAGAUGGAGAAGGAAUUAACCAACCCGGAAAGUAAGGACCUCCAGCUCAUCAGUCGGAGCGUGAAACAAUACUUUCAGGGAAUAGAUUCUUUCCUGAAAGAAAAGCAAUACAGCCCGUGUGCCUGGGAGAUCAUUCGCAUGGAAAUACCCAGAUGUUUUGUACUGAUUGACAAACUCUCUCAACGGCUGAGUAACUAAGGUAAGGUACAAAUCUUUUUCUUGGAGUAAAUGAAUUAACAUUAGUGUCAAUUAUACAGUUGAAGACAG